GGGCGUGGGGCAGCCCUGAGGGCGUGUGGGGCUGCAAGGGGCACCUGUACGUCAUUACACGCGUGCGUAUGUAUGGUUACAUCGUAUGUGUCUAUACAUGUAUGUAUAUAUCUCAUAUGGGUGCGUGCAAGGGUGUGUCUAUAGCCAAAUGCUGUGCAAUGUACAAUGUGCAAUGUAAGGACACCACAGAUAUAUGCAGGACUGUGUAAUGCCAUACAGGCGGAUGCAUGACUGUGUGUGUUCAUGAUGUACACACAGCACACGCACACAUAGGCUCACACACAGCUGUAUGUGCACUUAUUUAAGUUACAUGCUAAUAGGCACAGCGAUCGCUUAUAUUCGCAUACAUAUACGCACCCCAUACAGCCCCUGUAUAGUUAGGGGCUACAGGAUAUGUGUAUUCAUAGCUAAAUAGACGUGGCACGUCUUUAAUGUAAGUAUGUAGCUAAUCCACGUGCUAUGAAUGCAGUUUCUGUCCCAACAGCCGUGUUUACUGUGACAAAUCGCAGCCCUGCUCACCCCAUCCCUGCCUGUCGCCGCCGGAUGCCGUCGGUCAAUGAUUAACGCGGGGUCGGGGCCGCCCAAGGCCUGGAGGGAUGGAGGAGGCUGGCAGGAUGGAGGCCGGGGUGGGGGCUGAGCAACGGGUGGUGGCUGUCAGCAAUGCGGCCUUUGAGGAGGACCCGCCGCCCUACUCACCGCCCGACCCCAAGAGCGCGGAGCUGCUGUUCCCGGUGGUUUUCCACCCCCAGCCCCAUCCCCACCCGCCGCCCUUCAUACCGCAGCCGCUGCCCUGCACCGCCUCCGUGGGGCCUCCUGGCACGGGGCCUCCAACCGCCGCCCAGCAGCCGCCCAAGGACUACCUGGUGGAGUCGGUGCUGGUGACGUUGUUCUGCUGCCUGCUGACCGGGCUCGCCGCCCUCCUCUAUUCGCACGAGACCCGUGCUGCGCUCGGCCGCGGGGACGUGGCCCAGGCCCAGGUGGCGUCCAAGAAGGCGCAGUCGUUGGUGCUGUUCAGCCUCAUCCUGGGGCUGUUCGUCUCCUUCAGUUGGGUCGUCUACGUCCUGGUGGCUCUGUACUGGUGACGGGGCCACAGGGACACGGAGCGCAGAGCUGAGUGCCAUCGGUGAGGAGCAGCGAUGCCAGCACCGAGCCCAGCAGCCGUGUGCAGCAUCGGCCCUGCACCGGGGUGCUCAGUGACUCUGUUGGGACUGACACUGGGAGCUGCACAACACUGUGGGCAGCAGCACAGCGCUGGGACACAGCGGGAUGCAUGGCACUGUGCAGGGCUGGGGCUGGGAAUGGAGCAAACGGCUCCAUAGUGCAUGGCCACAGCGAGCAGCUCUGCAUGGGCUGCUCUGGUGUGCAAGCACAUGAGAAGUCCCCCUGGUAAUUAGGAACAUGCAAAGAUUCCCCACGUAUUUUAGCUUCUAUAGCAAUUCUGCAUGCACAGCUGUGCUGCAUCGCCUCCUCAGUGCUGCUUCCAGUUCUAAAUAAAAUACACACAGCCAAAGCCUUUGUGUUCUGUGCACACCACAGUCCCUCUUCCCCCAUGGCUUUCAUCCACCACAAACGUUAGGGCAAAUUCUCCUCCAUUCAUUCAACCUGGGACUUCCUCCAAAGCCCCCACACUCACAGCCGGCGUCGCGCGCUCGCUCAGUGUCUGAGCAUCCUCCUCUGCCCAUUAUUUCCAGAGGAAUUUUGAACCCCAUCCAGGACUGAAAUAGCACCAGCAGCCGCUCAGGGGUUAUUUAUGGCCACGCCACGGGCUGGGCUGCAGCAAAGGGUUCAGAGCCCUCCAUUCCCAUCAGUGCUCAGAGGGGGGACAGGAGGAGAUGUUCCCUGCAGGGCCCUGUGCUGUGCUUGGGGGGGGUCCACAGUAGGGGAGCAAGUGAUGUACAGCAAAAAGGGCCAAUGGCAGAGGAAAAGCUGGAUGGGGAUGUGAGAAAACACGAGGCCACACCAACUUGAGGAGCGGAUUCGAUUGUCACUUUAAUCCACAGACUGCUGCAUGCACUGUAAACAGGAUCGUUAGGCAGGUUUGUUACUGGUAUUUAUUUGUCUUUAAUAUAAAAGUUACAGGUUUGAAAUGUUUGCAGGAAGAUGCCACCGUUGGGACUGGGUUAGUGGUAAAUAUAUAAUACAGCCAAACAGCUGGGGCUGGGGGGAGGCUGGGGA